UCUACACAAAGUUAAAAAAAAAAAACAAUGAUUCCACUCUACAUUUUACUAGCAAUUCCUUGUAUUGUCGUGUCAUCAAUAUAUGCAUGGAAGUUCCUCAACUGGGCAUGGUUUACCCCGAAAAAGCUCGAAAAAUCCCUCCGGCAGCAAGGCUUCAUCGGCAAUCCUUACAAAUUCUUGCUCGGAGACUUGAACGAGAUCACAAAGAUGGAGAAAGAGGCACUCUCAAAGCCCAUCUCCUUCUCCGAUGAUUUCCUUCCUCGGAUCAUGCCCUUCGUGCACAAAACCCUCGCUAACCACGGUAAGAACUCUUUAGUUUGGUUUGGAACUGAUCCUACCGUGUUUAUAUGGGAUCACGACAAGAUCCGAGAGAUUAUGUCGAAACCUCUAGUCUUCCGGAAGCCGAGUAAUCCGGCAGGCGAGACCUUGGCGAGAGGAUUAGUCAGCUACGAGGGCGAUAAAUGGGCUAAGCAUAGGAGAUUGAUCAAUCCGGCAUUUCAUCUUGAAAAAAUUAAGAAAAUGCCUACAUCAUUUUACAUGAGCUGUUGUGACAUGUUGAGUGAAUGGGAGAAGAUGGUACCGAGCGAUGGAGCGUUCGAGUUAGAUAUAUGGCCUUCUCUUGAAACCUUAACGAGCGAUGCUAUUUCACGCACUGCGUUUGGCAGUAGCUACGAACAAGGAAGGAAGAUAUUCGAGCUUCAGAAAGAGCUAGCCGGCCUUCUCCUCAAGUCGACUAUUUCAUUUUUCAUCCCCGGAUUCAGGUAUUUGCCAACGAGGACGAACAGAAGGAUGAGCCACAUCAGGAAUGAAGUCGAGUCGCUCUUGCUUGAUCUGAUCAAUAAAAGAAUGAAAGCAAUUGAAGCAGGGGAAGCCAUCACUGAUAACUUAUUGGACAUGUUGCUUGAGUCCAAUUUCAAGGAAAUGCAACAAAAUGGUAACAAGUUUGGGAUGAGUUUGCAAGAUGUGGUUGAAGAGUGCAAGCUUUUCUACAUUGCCGGGCAGGAGACAACCUCGGCCUUGCUCGUGUGGACGAUGAUCCUACUUAGCAAGCACUCGGAUUGGCAGGCCCGCGCAAGGGAGGAGAUUCGUGGCGCCUUUGUAGGCGGACGACAGCCGGAUUUUGAAGGGCUAAAUGGCCUCAAAGUUGUAACAAUGAUUCUUGAUGAGGUUUUGAGGCUUUACACUCCGGUGUUUAUGGUUGUUCGGAAAACACACAAGGAAACCGUGAUAGGGGAUUGGAGGGUCCCGGCCGGAGUGAACCUCAUACUCCCGUCACUAGAGGUGCACCACGACCGGGGAAUAUGGGGCGAUGACGCGAAGGAGUUCAAGCCGGAGCGGUUUAGUGAGGGAGUUUUGAAGGCAACGGGUGGGCGGCUCACGUACUUCCCUUUCGGGUGGGGGCCUCGGAUGUGCAUCGGGCAGAACUUCGCUAUUUUAGAAGCUAAAAUGGCCCUAGCGAUGAUGUUGCAACGUUACUCGUUCGAGCUUUCGCCCUCGUAUUCGCAUGCACCUACCUCGGUGCUAUUUCUUCAACCACAACAUGGCGCACACUUAGUUCUGCGCAGAUUGUAGUGUUAGAUUUAUGAAAGUUAGGUACAAAAAUAUUUAUUUGAUUUCCUUUUAACACAAAAAUAUUUCAUAAGUAUUAGUACUUUUCUUAGUACUAUUAAGUAAACAUUUCCAAGUUCAUGUAGUAGAAAAUGGAUAUGAAGCAUUCUUAUUGUAA